AGCUGAAUUAAUCGCUGAUUAUGAAUCAUUAGAAAAACCAACUGGUAAUCGUAGAGGAAAUCCGAGAUAUAUUUACUAUGUUGGAACUCCUGAAUAUCAAGCUCAAUGGCUGGAUAAAGCUGAAAAAUAUAGGAAAUCUCAUAAAACAUUAUCAUUUCUUGAUGAAAAUUUAUUAAAAAUACAUGAUGAAAUGAAAAAGAUGAAAGAAGAUGUAGCUGCAAAGUUUAAUUCUGUAGAAAUGACUAUUAAAGAACUAUUAUCGUCCAUUAAAAGUAAAUGA